CUUUUGAGAUGUACUGUAUGUAAACAAAACACGCGUGUGGCAACAGGAAUUUAACCGAAUAAUUUAAAUAUCCUUAUGUUAUAAGCAGACCGGAACGUAUAAGUAUGUUUAUAAAUGUAUCUGUAUAUAUGUUUUUCGUUUCUGAAACCAAUAUCACUUGGUGGAUUUUGUGAUGGCAAAACAGUCUAUCCGGGAGCAUUUGUUUCAGAGGGAAGUGAAGGAUGUCAAGUCUCUGGAUCUCUGGCGCGCAUGCUUAGCUGAGUUUCUGGGCACGGGCUUGCUAUGUUUUAUGGCUGUAGGGGCUGGGCUGGCGCCGGAGGGUAGUCCCCCAGUAUCCAGCGUUCACAUCGCUUUAGAAGCCGGAUUCUUUAUUGCAGCAAUCAUCACGACCUUAAACACAGUAAGCGGGGGUCACGUGAACCCAGCCAUCAGUCUGGGAUUUCUGCUCACAGGUCACAUAGGACUUGUGCGAUGCUUUCUGUACAUAACAUCACAGACUGUGGGUGCAAUUGCAGGAUGCGGUUUACUUCUGGCCUUGACCCCGGAGAACCUUCAACAAGGCAGUUUCGGGGUCAUAGCCCCGGGUCCAAAUGUCACGGCAACACAAGCUUUUGGGGCAGAGGUUGUGAUCACUUUUUUGUUGGAUUUUAGCACUUUUUCGUUUGUGGACAACGGAAGACAUGAUCUGUCGGGAUCAGUGCCAUUUAUAAUUGGCAUCGUUGUUUCAUUAAACAUUUUUGCAAUGUUUAACGUCUCCGGGGGUUGCAUGAAUCCUGCCAGGAAUUUCGGCCCUAUGGUGGUUACGGGGAACUAUGCAUACGCUUGGGUGUACUGGGUCGGUCCAAUGGUUGGUGGGGGCCUAGGUGCUGUACUGUAUGAUAAACUGUUUUCUACCAAAGUUUGCAAAUCGAGACUGAAGAGCUGUGUGAGUGGCGAGCCCAAAGACACCAAGGAAUUGGAGAUUACGGUGGAAGAAAACGACAACAAUAUCAAACUGCUUGAACCUGAGCGGACAUCGUGAGAUAGAGGCAACAUGAUGGUUACGAAUCUAUGCAAAAAUAUGAUAUUUGUAGACUGCCGUAGUAAAAUAUUACGCAAUGUGUGGCGAACGAUGAGCAUAUAUCAACAUUACUGGAUUCGUUAGAUUCACAACGAUGUAAAUCUAUACUAUAACAUACUGUACUAAAUUAGAUACACAAAGAUGUUAAUCUAUUAACAUACUGUACUAUUUAGAUUCACAACGAUGUAAAUCUAUUAACAUUACUGGAUUCGUGAAUCUGUUGUAAAUCUAUCAACAUUAUUGGAUUCGUUUGAUUCACAACGAUGUAAAUCUAUUAACAUUGUGAUAUCCGUUGGAUCCACAUUAAUUUUGUAUAAAGACUGUGUUCAUGUUUUUGUAUAUUUCAGGAUAAAAACAAUACGUACAUCGACAUAUGUUAGAUAUUUAGAUAGAGUUUAUUAUUGCUAUUUUCAUUUUGUUAUUGUGUAUGUUAGAAUAAAAUGUGCAAUGUACAUGUAUUUCAAAUGU